AUAUACCUCAAACUUUAAAAACUACCACUUUUCUUGUUGAAAAUGACUACCGCUCAACCAACUUUAAAUCGUUAUUUAAGCGAACUAGAUGAAGAUGUUUUCCAUCAUUUUGGAUUCAGCACAAAAUCAUUUAAUUUCAAAGAGAAAUUUGGUGAUGUCAAGUUUGUCUGUAUAUGUGGUAGCCGGGGUAGAAUUUAUAAUUUUGCAGAAUCUAUGGCUAAAGCAGCUGGUUUGCAGUUGCCUGUAGAGAAUAUCGCUACUUCAAGUGGCAGAUUUGCACUCUACAAAGUCGAUCAUAUAUUAUUUGCAGAUCAUGGCAUUGGUGUACCGUCAACAUUAAUUCUAUUGCAUGAAAUGACAAAAUUAUUACAUUAUGCUGGUUGUACAGAUGUACUGUUUAUGCGUUUAGGAACAUCGGGUGGCUUAGGAGUGGAACUUGGUACACUUGUAGUGACUGAUCGUUGUGUGAAUUCCAAAUUAGAACCAUAUCACGAACUGUGUAUUCUUGGUAAAAAUGUACGUCGAGAAACUAAAGUGGAUACAAAUGUUGUACGUGAGUUGAAACAAAUAUCUGAGGAAAUUUCAAUCAGCUGUCCAGUUGUUGUGGGUGGUACUAUUUCCACCAAUGACUUUUAUGAAGAACAAGCCAGAUUAGAUGGAGCAAUAUGUAUUUUUAGCAAAGAAGAAAAAUCAGCUUAUCUUAAAUCGGCUUAUGAUCAAGGUAUAAGAAAUUUAGAAAUGGAAGGUACAGCAGUUACUACUCAUUGUCAUCUGACUGGUCAUCGAGCUGUUCUGGUUUGUGUAACUGUUGUAAAUCGUCUUGAAACUGAUCAAAUUACAAUAUCUGAAGAUGAAUUCAAACGAAUUGAACAAUUACCAGGUCAAUUGGUUGGUGAAUAUUUAAAACGAAAUAAUGGAAUUAUUCUACGUCAAUGAUAAAGGGAUGUUCAUGAGAUUGAGACUAGUUAUAAAAAAUUAAUGAAUUUUUAAUGAUUAGGAAACUGUCAUUUGAUUAAUUAAUUAAUUUUUGUAUAAGUUAUUCAUUGUAUGAUUGUUUCCCUGCUAACAUUACAAAGAUAUUUAUUUUUGUUGGUUGCUUUCCUGUUGACGAAGUUUUUGUGUGAUUAUAAUAUAGAAAAAAAUUGUUUUGAAGAUAUAAA